CAGCACCAGAAUAUAAGGAUGUCACACAGACAUCCCUACAACCAACACUGAAUUAUCCGGCACUGAGGAAAACACUUCACAUUUUAAAACAAACCUUCAUUCAAGAUGCUUUCUACAGCUGUUAAAAGCACAAAGAGCCUUCACCAACUAUCAAGGCACAUUCACAAGUUGGCUGCAAAAGUGGCUGUGGAAAACCAGUUAGAAGAAUCCGUCACCAACAGUUUUGCCUCAUUCAUCCAUGAGAUCCGCCCCGAUCACCUCUCUGAUAUUGUGCGGCACAGAAGUAAGCGCAUGAUCCUGGACAGCAUUGGGGUCGGACUGGUUGGCAGCACAACUCAUGUCUUCAAUAUCGUGGUGAAAUACUGCCAGGAUCUAUACUUUUCAACAUCUGGAAAUUCUGCCCUUUGUUCAGUCUAUGGACAGAAAGGUUUAAAGCUCUCUCCAACCCUGGCUGCCUAUGCCAAUGGAGUUGCUGCUCACUCCAUGGACUUUGAUGACACGUGGCACCCUGCCACACAUCCUUCUGGUGCCGUGCUUCCUGCCAUCCUGGCACUGUCACAGAUACUUUCACAAGGCAGAGAGAUCAGUGGUGAGGAACUGCUGACGGCUUUCAAUGUGGGGAUUGAAAUACAAGGAAGACUUAUGGGUUUCUCCAGCGAAGCAAAGAGCAUUCCUAAAAAAUUUCAUCCACCGUCCGUGGUUGGCACUAUGGGAAGUGCUGCAGCAUCAGCCAAACUCCUCUCAUUAGAUAAAGAUCAAUGCACUCAUGCCCUGGCAAUUGCAGCGUCCCUUGCUGGUGCUCCUAUGGCAAAUGCUGCCACCCUGGCUAAGCCCCUGCACAUUGGCAAUGCCACAAGGUUAGGUCUGGAAGCUGCUAUCCUGGCUGCUAAGGGAAUGGAGGCCAAUACUCUCAUACUUGAUGAUGUGCCCGGCUGCGCUGGGUUUAGUGCAUUUUAUGGCGAUUACCAGCCUACGUCAUUAUGUCCACCAGGAGAACAUUAUGAAUUUCUCCUUGAGAAGCAAGACAUUGCAUUCAAGUCUUUUCCUGCACAUCUAGGAAUGCACUGGGUCGCUGAUGCUGCUGUCUCAGUUAGGAAUAGAGUUGUCCAACAAUAUGGCUCAUUUGACCCAUCCACUAUUCAGUCUAUUGUUCUUAGAGUCCCAGUAUCCAAAUACAUUAACAGGCCCUAUCCAGACUCAGAGCACCAGGCUCGCCACUCUUUCCAGUUCAAUGCCUGCACCGCACUCCUGGAUGGUGAAGUCAAUGUCCAAUCCUUCCAUGAAGACACCAUGUUUCGUACAGAACUCGGGAAUCUCCUAAGCAAAGUGGUGGUGGAACAUCCUCAAGAUAAUGAAGCCAACUUUGAUAAGAUGUAUGCAGAGGUGGCUCUGCUGCUGAGAAAUGGGGAUCUGGUGACCGGGAAAUGUGACACUUUUUAUGGGCAUUGGAGAAAACCACUCAGCCGGGAAUCACUGCUGAAGAAAUUCUCCUCCAAUGCCAGACAUGUCCUGCAGGAAGACCAGGUGCAAGGUGUAAUACAGAUAGUAGACAAUCUAGAGAGUGUAAAAGACAGCUCCCUACUGCCAUUGCUACUUCAGUAACUCACAUAAGUAUUACUCUUACUCUGUUUACAACAAUCCAAAUGCGGGACAUUGGGUGAUAUUUAUUAAUCAGUGUAUAGUAUUUAUGACAGGUCUAUCUUUCUUAUCAGAUGUAUGAUACAUUAUGCUGUUAAAAUAAGUACAAUACAGAUGGAGCUGCACUCAUCUAAUGCACCUCCAUUGCAAAUGUGCACUCCCGGCAGGACUAGGUGACCAGGUGCCUAGCCCGCUAUGGGAGUGCACAGAGACACUCCCUUUGCAGUGAAUGGGGCGCGUGUGCAUCUCACACCCACACGUGUCCCAGACGAUUCACUAGGCGGGACUCGGCGGGUGUACUCUGGUGCAGACAUAGUCAUGAUUAGCUUGACUCUGUAUGUAACACACCUCUAAAAUAUUAAAAUAGUUUAAUAUACUAAAAGUACAUUACUUUGUUAUAAUAAUUUUGAAGAUUGGCAUCAUCAUCCCCUUAAUCUCUGGUUUAGAGCAGAAUAGUGGCGGAUUUUACCUAUGGCCAGCUGGAUUGCAGUCCCCCCAGGUAAAAUCUGCCAGCUGAAAUAAAUGUCAUUGAGCUAUCAGCAGUCCGUGACUCCACUGCUUACACUGUGACUGCAAGUGACGUCCUAUUGGAAGUCCUACCUGUCAGUCACAGACACUACAGACAGUCCCAUUGGGAGGUGUUUCCUCCCUCUGGGACUGCCAGACCGGGCUAAGAUUACCAGAGAGCAUUCUUACAGUAGGAAGUCACUCCCUGCCUUUCGGGCAGCCCUAUUCAGCUACUAUGGGCUGCAGCUGAUGCAGUCCAUAGAAGCCGGUGUUUUGUGCAAGCACAGUCCCAUGGCUUUCUGAGUACAUGUGCUAGUCCUGACGCCUGUCAGAGCCAUUGCACAGGUGCUGGGACCUGGCUGGUUGGGGCUGGCUCCCUCCUCUCUGGGUAUAGCAUGGGUAGUGGCAGCCUCAGAGCCGGCUCUAGGCAUAGGCAAA